AUGGACGGCGACGGUUUUACCAUCUCCAAGCGACGCUACUCUUCCAGGAUACGACCGUGCGGACGACAUACACCUCAUUUACCGCCUUCAUAUUCGAUAAUCAUUGAGGCAGGUGGCUCAAGGGCGCCUGUGCAAGCUGGAAGGGACGCUUCAGAUCACAGUGUCUUUGAAGUUCGCUCUGGCUUUAGGAACAAGCCAUGGGCCACUCUUCGCUUGCAGAAGCCAAUCCUGGACAACUCCAGACAGAAGUCGGUAUUGAUAUACGGAGAAGAAUCGCUCACUGGAGUACUUGAUUUCGACCUCGAUAGCCCGCAGAGUAUUAACUCGAUCUCCUUGAAUAUCAAGGGCAAAAUAGCCAUCUGGAGUCGUGACUGCGGGGAUCCAGUGAAUAGGGAAUCAAGGAAGCCCUACAGUGGAAAGUUUGCCAAGGGAACAUACAGCUUCCCUUUCGCGUUCCCUUUCCCGUCCCAUGUAAGCGCAGCAACGCUUUCAGGUGUCAACACUUCCUCCCAACCAACAUCGCCGUUCCUGUUUUUCAGUACUGGAAGUACUGAAGAAACCUCUAACACACUUGGAAUCCCUGUCGAAGAUCCAAGACAUCCAGAGCUAGGAACCCGAACUACUCCCUCAUGCAACUAUCUCCCCAUUCACCCCCUUCCUCCGUCGUUUGCCGGUCGCGGGUUGGAGUCCAGCGUAGCCUAUGAGCUGGCUCUCUGCAUAUCUCAUAAAAGGCUCCGCUCAGACAGCAAACCCAAGAUACCCGUUACCUACGUUCCUUCUAUUUUACCGCCACCGUCGUCUGUCCAGAGACAGUCUGCCUACAGGAAAAACACUCCACUUCCAGGACGCAUUCUUGGGUCAAUCUUGGAUGAGAGAGGUGCGGACCUCGAAUGCAAGGUGUCGCUUGCGCAACCACUAACAUACACACGAGGAAUGGUCAUUCCAUGUCAUAUCACCAUCUCCGGUCAAGACAUCCAUGUUCUGGACGUGUUGGUGCAGCUUACCCGCCGCGUGAGUUAUGAGCUCGACAUGACCUCUGCCGGAGGUCCAUCAUCAUCUGAUACCUCACAUGUGGCGCUUUCUGUGUUCGAAAUCUCUGGAGAGGAUCCUCGGAGAUCAAGGAAGGUCAAUACCCAAGAUGAAGGAGCUUCAAAUGGCCCGCCUUUCGUUUCGCACAAAACCGUUAUCGAAACUGCCCAGUGGUGGAUUCCUCCUAAGGACGAACAGCACUCCCCAACGUUGCGUGUUUUGCACGGCGAAAUACAUCUGCCUCAGGACAUGCCUCCAACGAGCUUACACCUGAGUUUUUUCAUCGAGUACGCUGUUGAGCUACUGUCUUUCAGGACUUCGCUGUUCAGGCCCAGGAAAACGAGAACGGCAACUACUUCCAUGGACAGACGAGAGCAGGUUUACGUCCACCAUCCCGCCACAAUCGCGACGAUACAACGUUUGGACGAACCUCCGCCUGUUUCCUUCAUCAAACGCAAGUCCCGACUCGUUGGUUCUCGUCGCGGACGUUCAGAGUCAUUUCCCACUUAA